CAAAUCUAGGUUAUGUUAAAUUUUUAGAAUUUUGAAAAAAUUGUUAUACUGUAAUAUUUGUCAUAAUUAUGUUUUAUUUAAUUGGAUUGAAAGUGUGCCCCCUAAAAUCAGUUAUAAAGUGUCAAACCAGAAAAAUAUCAAAGUUUGUUAAUAAAGAUGUGUCGUCCAAAGCUAUUCGAAGAAGAUUUUUGGAAUAUUUUAUUGAGGAAAAGGGUCAUAACUUUGUUAGGUCCAGUCCGGUUGUUCCAUUUUGUGACCCCACUGUGUCAUUUGUAAAUGCUGGAAUGAACCAGUUUAAAGGUAUAUUUUUGGGUAAACAAGUACCGCAAUUUGCCAAAGUAGCUAACUCCCAAAAAUGUAUUCGCGUUGGGGGCAAACAUAAUGAUUUAAAUGUGGUUGGAAGUGAUGGGUAUCACCAAACGUUUUUUGAAAUGCUUGGAAAUUGGUCUUUUGGUGAUUAUUCCAAGAAUACUGCCUGUCUCUAUGCAUGGGAUCUUUUAACAAACGUGUUUAAGUUGCCCCCAUCUAGGCUGUAUGUAACAUAUUUUGAAGGUGAUAAUAAAUUAGGAAUCCCAGAAGAUACAGAAACUAAAGAAAUAUGGAGAAUGAUAGGAGUUCAAGAAGAUAGAAUUUUACCGUUUGGUGCAAAAGACAAUUUCUGGGAAAUGGGUUUGACAGGCCCAUGUGGUACUUGCACUGAAAUACAUAUAGAUAACAGGGAAACAAGAAAUAGAUCUGAAUUUGUAAAUAAAGGUUUGCAUGAUUUAAUAGAAGUGUGGAAUAUUGUGUUUAUAGGUUACAACAGGCAAACUGAUGGGAGUAUAGCUGCACUACCAAAUACAUAUGUGGACACUGGAAUGGGUUUUGAAAGAUUAACUUCAGUUUUACAAGGAAAAAUUAGUAACUACGACACAGACAAUUUCAGCUAUAUUCUAAAUAGAAUUCAUAAAAGUUGCAAUAAUAUUCCUGAAUAUUCUGGCAAGUUUGGAGAAACUGAUUGGGACAGUUUGGACACAAAUUAUAGAAUUUUAGCUGACCAUGCAAGAAUGAUUUCUGUUUGUUUGUCAGAUGGAAUUAUUCCUGAACAAAAUCAAAAAUUAAGAAGAGUUUUAAGAAAAUCAUUUUUAUUAAGUGAAAAUGUGUUUCUAAGAGAAAGGGGUCUAUUAAAGGAACUCUGCAAAGAUAUUUUGGAAAAUCUUGGUGAUGCCUAUCCUGAAAUGCAUAAAAAUGAAAAUCAGGUAAACCAAAUCCUUGACUAUGAAGAAGAAGUGUACAGAAACAUUAGAGAAAAGGCAAUAAAAGAUUGGAAAGUGAUAUCAGCGAACAAUCCCAAACUUGAAUCGUUAGAAAUUUUGGAAAGCCCAAGCCUGGUGGCAGCUUACAAAGACAUAACCCUAAUAAAUCCAAAAGAAAUAGAUAGCAAAUUAGCUUUUAAACUCUAUGAUACUCAUGGUUUAGACGAAGAAAGCAUUGAAAAACUUUCCGUGGCUUUAAACCUGCCGUUUAACGCGAAACAGUUGGAAUAUAAAUUGCAGGAGGCGAAAACGCGAUCUAAGGAAGGUAGUUUAUUGAAAUUUGAUAACUUACUGCCCUUGUUAAGUAAUUUUAGUAAAACCAACGACGACUUUAAGUAUAAUUAUGUUAAAAACGGCGAUACUUAUAUAUUUCCUGAUGUGCCAAUAAAAGUACUGAGUAUUAUUCACGAAAAACAAGCUGUGAAAGAAAUAAAACCAAACCAUUACUGUUCCCUAUUGCUGGACAACACAAAUUUAUAUUCUGAAGCGGGCGGACAGAGCAGUGACAAGGGUUUAAUUCACUUCCAAAAGGGCGGAACCUUCGAAGUCGUGGAAAUCGCAAACCACAACGGCUACAUUAUUCACAAGGGAUUCUUUAGAAGCCAAGAUGGCAACCUUAAAACCGACACCAAAGGACAGCUAUCCGUGCUGACGGAGGAUAGAUUAAACACCAUGAGAAACCACACUUGCGUGCAUCUGCUAAAUGCUGUCAUCAAAGAGUUUAAAGGGGCCACCUGUCAGAAAUCCAGCAAAGUUGCGGACACGUAUUUGAACUUGGACGUUGCGAUUUUCGGAAGUAAAUUGACUAUGAACGAAGUUAAACACAUCGAAGAUAGGAUUUGCUCGAUUAUAAAAGAACGUUUACCAGUCGACAAGCUUAUCGUAGAUAGUCAGCAGCUUUUAAGUUACGAUCAAGUAACGUUAAUACCAGGAGAGAUUUACCCGGAGACGGAUAUAAGGUUGAUUGAGGUUUAUGAUGAAAAUGGACUCAUUUCAAGGGAACCUUGUUGUGGUACACAUGUUUUCAACACAGGAGAUCUGGAAGAUUUUUGCAUAAUAAAUUUGAAAUCACUUGGAAGAAGUACAGCAUCAAUUAUAGCUGUGACAGGUAAAAGGGCGAAAUUGGCUAUGGACAAUGCAGUACAAUUAAGAGAUGAUAUAGAAAUACUGAAGAAAACUGUGGCUGAUAAUAUAGACAAGCCUGAGGUUCUGGAAAUGGCUGUAUCCGCUUUAAAACAUAGAUUAAACUACACAAAUUCAGAUGACUCGAUCUUACCUAUACAUGAAAAACAACUCUGCAGUGAAAUGUUGGAAAACAUUAGCAAAGAUAUUAAAUCAACUACCAGUGGAGCAUUGAAAGAUUUUAUAGAGCUAGAAAUGAAAGACGUUUUGGACACCAACGUAAAGAAAACUAAAAACGACAAAGAAUAUGUUGUUCACUAUCUAAGAAGUUCUAUGAUGCUUCAAGAUGUUCCUCUACAAAGGGCUACAAAAUUAUGCCCUGAUUUACCAGUAUUAGUCAUCGCCUUUGCUGAUAAUAUGGUCAAAGCCAGAUGCUGUGUACCCAAGCACAUGAGGUCUGAAAACUUCAACGCUGAAAAAUGGCUGAAAGACAGCGUGGCAGCAGUUUUUAAAAGUCGCGUGGCGCCACCUAAAGGACAAGAUGGAACAUUGGUAGUCAACAUGAAAGCAAGAAAAGUAAACUUACAAGACUGGGAUACCUUGUUGAACGAGAGUCUGGAAAAUGCCGAAAAAUUUGUACAAGAAAAUUUAUAAAUUAAAUGUUAAGUAUGUUGUAAAAAG